UUUUUCUUUUUUGGGGUGACAAUAAUAAGAAAAAAAAAAAAAAGAAAAUUUAUUCUUUAUUUUUGAUAGAAAAAUUCUGCAAUCCGAAAUAUAACAAUCCGCAACAUAAACAAUAGAGAUUUAGACGUAUUUGACAGAAAAUUCAUUUAAUAAAAUUGGGGAAAAGUCAGUGUGUAUUGCUGUGUGUGGCAAAAAAAAGCGUAAAAACGACAAACAAUAAAACGUAUCUAUGAACCCAGCAGACAAGUUGCCAGUUGGAGAGGCGGCUCAAAACAAUUCAAUGUCGGAUGACGAAGAUAACUCGAGAAUUCAAGUGGAUUUGUCUACGUCUGCAAGACAAACCCCAAUCACUACAGGUACUACGGCUAAUAGCACAACAACCAAUACCGCCAUUAUCACUACCGCCAUUACCGCCUCCACUAACACGACAUCUUCACCUUCUACUCCUAUAAGUAAUCCACACGCCGACAUGAAAAGAUCGGCUGUAAAAGAACUCAUUGAACGUUAUUUUUAUCAAUUGCAAAGAGGCUGUGGCAAUCCAAAGUGCUCCAAUGUCAAUUGUGCUUCUAGCGGCAAGGUGGCAGCCAUGACACCCAAUGAAAUAGCCGCCAAGGCUAUACAAUUGUUUUCGCAGGAUGCCAAAUUGUGUGAUUUCUAUACGCAACCACCCAAAGUGCCACGUACAGGGCCGCAACAUGACUCACCCACCAGUUCAACAACAGCCAGCAAUGCCACUACACCUAGUUUGGGAGAUCUAGACUCGAGUAUAUCCCCUCAGGAACAGACAAGUUCUAGUAAUAGUAGCAAUAUAAGCAGCGGCAAUAGUACCAUUACCUCAGGUACCUCCAGCACUAGUUCAAGUUCAGAAGGAAGCAGUAAUACCAACACUUUCAGCUGUGCCACCGAAGAAAUGCCUCUUUUGAUAACCUUGGGUGAUGUAGUGACAAUCACUACAUUAAACUCCAAUACUACCCCGCCCAAGGUAUCGGGACCACCUACACCUACUUUGUCCCCGGUGGAAUAUUUAAACGAACAAAUGCUAGACGAACUGAUUGAUGAAUGUACAAAAUUUGAUUCCUACGAUCGUCUCAUACACGCCAUUAACGAAGUGUAUUGUUCAGUAGAAAAGCUAAGUAAAAGUUUUAAACGUCCGCCAUUAGCGAAAUUAACUUCCAGUGCCACUGCAACCAAGUUGCAAGAAUUACUCGGCAAAUCACCGAAGGAGUUGAAAAAAGAAGACUUACGUACAUUAGAGGGUGAACACGAUAAAGACGAGGAUAGCACUUGUAUACAGUUAAAUGAUCCUUUAGCUGCAGGUGAUAUGUCCACUGUGGAACCUAUGGAUGAAGAUGGCGGUUCAAUGGAUUUAGAUGAUAGUGAUUUAUCAUCACAAAGCAGUGAUACUCAAGUGGAUUUAGAAAGCCUGAGGCGGGUAAAAAAGAAAUUGUAUGCUUUAAAUAAUGCAGCCCUGGCCGCAAUAUUAAACAAUAACAUAAUACUGUUAACGGAAAACAUUAGAUUUGGUCGCACGCACGAUUGGGAACAAGUGUUACAUUGCUUUGUUAUCUGUUUUGACAUGGCUACAACAACUUCUAAUCGUUUUGCAGAUUUCGGUUAUUUGGAAUGUAGCAUGCCUAAAUUAUGUCUAGCGGCUCAUGUCAUGCCUGUUGCAGCACACGCUCGUUUGGCUCGUAUUUGGGCCGUACACUCUAAAGAUCAAUUGCAGUGUUUCAUACAAUGUUGUCAACAGUUAAUUACUUUGCAAGUAAUGGUAGAUGAAGACGCCGUUCAAGAAAAUUCUGAUGUCAUAGCAGUUACCAAAGUGUUAAAGAUUGCCUUCUACGCUAAUAUAUUAGCGGGAGAAUUGGAUACUUUCAAUUCAGUGGCUGGAGCCACGUCAAUCAAUUAUGAAACGUCAUUGGAAACUGGAGGCGGUGCCUCUAGUUCUGCCUCCGGUAUAACCGCCUCAAAUGAAAUGGAUGAUAUUUUCUUCUAUACCCAAGUACCUAGACCUCAUUACCCGGCUUUCGCCGAAGAUAAACUAGAAAAAGAACUGAAUGUUUCGUGUAUGGAUUGCCGUGUUCCUUUAGUGCCCUUCGAAGAAUUCUAUAAUGAGCCAUUAAGUGAUGCCAUACAAAUGGAUCGUGAUUACCUAUCUUAUAAGAAUUUAUCUUUGGACCCGUUAGGGGAAGACAAUCAUUUUUCCUUUAUGUUAUAUUCAUUUAUAUUGACGCCUGCUGCCAAAGUUGUUGCGCUAUACUAUGAUAGUCGUAUACGAAUGUAUAGUGAACGCAACUCAUCAUUGUAUUCUUUAUUAAAUUAUUUUGGUGAGGGUAACGAUAUGGGAGGACGGCCCGAUUUAAAAUUAAAAGUGCGGCGUGAUAGUCUUGUCGAUGAUGCUUUAAUUGGAUUGGAAUUGGUGGCUAUGAGUAAUCCAAAAGACUUGAAAAAACAAUUGGUCGUAGAAUUUGUAGGUGAGCAGGGUAUUGAUGAGGGAGGCGUUUCCAAAGAAUUCUUCCAAUUAAUUAUUGAAGAAAUCUUCAAUCCAAACUUUGGCAUGUUUACUCAUCAAGAGGAAACCAAUACCAUGUGGUUUAAUUCGGCACCUUUCGAGAAUGAAGCACAAUUUACGUUAAUUGGCAUUAUUUUAGGGUUAGCUAUUUAUAAUAACAUCAUUUUGGCUGUGAACUUUCCCAUGGUGGUAUAUCGUAAGCUUAUGGGUGGCCAGGGUACGUUUUAUGAUCUCAAAGAUUGGAACCCCACCUUAUAUCGCAGCCUUAAAUCGUUGCUGGAUUACCAGGAAUCAGAUAUGGAAGAGGUUUUCAUGCAGACAUUUAAAAUCAGUUACAAAACCAUAUUUGAUGAAGUGAUAGAGCACGAACUGAAACCAGGUGGCAGUGAAAUCACCGUAGGCCAGCACAAUAAACAAGAAUUUGUAGAUUUGUAUAGUGAUUUUUUGCUCAACAAAAACAUAGAAAGACAAUUUAGAGCCUUUAAAAGAGGCUUCGAAAUGGUAACCGAUGAAUCUCCCCUGAGGUUGCUGUUUAGACCUGAAGAAAUCGAAUUGUUAGUUUGUGGUAGCAGAAAAUUUGAUUUUGUCGAAUUGGAAAAAUCUACGGAAUAUGAAGGCGGCUACUCAAACGAUACCCAAAUUAUUAAAGAUUUUUGGAGUAUUGUUCACUCAUUGCCUGAAGAAUCUAAACGUAAGCUUUUAGAGUUCACCACUGGCUCUGAUCGCGUGCCGGUUGGUGGUCUAAGUCGAUUAAGAUUGCUGAUAACACGUCAUGGACCCGAUAGUGAUCGUUUACCUACAUCACAUACUUGUUUUAAUGUUCUGUUGUUGCCUGAAUACAGUAGCAAAGCAAAGUUAGAGGAGCGAUUGCUUAAAGCCAUCAAUUAUUCGAAAGGUUUUGGUAUGCUGUAAAGCAAAGCGUGCGUGAAACAGAAGGUUUUGUUGACCGCAUUCACAAUCUGACUUCAACUAUCAGCUCAAAAAAGAAAGGAAAAGCGGGAGAAGGAGGAGGUAAAAAAAUACGUUUUUUGUAAUUUGUGUAAAUUUAUUUCAACUAAUAAUUGAAUGAAAAGAAUAAUAAAUCCUUAAGUGUGUGUCUUGUUUUGCGAUUUCUUCACUCUACACAAAAGGCUUAUAGUAAACGAAGACCACCUUCAGCUUGCUGCAAGCUGCAUUAUUUUCCACGAAAACUUCUAUUCAUUUUUUUUUUUUUUUUUUUGUUCAGAAA